AUGAUGGCGUCUUUCUGUCGAUUAUUGUUAGCAAAGUCUUCUCCACUUGGAAGAUACGUGUUCUUCAGACAUUUGUCUUCUGCAAUUCCUGAACCUUUGGUCCUUACUCAACAACAAGAUGGAAUCCAUAUUGUAACACUUAAUAAUCCCCAGAAAAGGAAUGCAUUGUCUUUACCAAUGUUAAAUUGUUUAAAAGAGGAAUUAACAGCUUGUCAGCAGUACAAUGACUUGCGUGUCAUCAUCAUAAGAGCUACAGGGCCUGUCUUCUGUUCUGGACAUGACCUCAAAGAAUUAAUGGCUGUAUCAAAUGAGAAGCAUGUGGAAAUAUUCAAAACCUGUUCCAAGGUCAUGAUGAUGAUUCAAGAUCUCAAUGUACCUGUCAUUGCUCAAGUUGCUGGCUUAGCAACUGCAGCUGGAUGUCAGCUUGUAGCAAGUUGUGAUUUAGCUGUUGCUUCAGACCAAGCUAAAUUUGCUGUACCUGGGGUGAGUAUUGGAUUAUUUUGUUCAACUCCAGGAGUCGCCUUGGGACGUUCAAUACCCAAAAAAGUGGCUAUGGAAAUGUUGUUUACUGGAAACCCAAUUUCAGCUUCUGUGGCCCUUAAGCAUGGCUUACUUAGCAAGAUUGUUUCACCAGAUGUGUUAGAAGAAGAAACAAUGAACCUGGCCAAACGUAUUUGUGAAAGUAGCCGCAGUGUAAUUGCACUUGGAAAGGCUGCAUUCUAUCAUCAAAUGGAACUUGACAGAAAUGCUGCAUAUGAAUAUACAGAGAAGAUAAUGAUCUCCAACCUGAACAAAGAAGAUGGACAAGAAGGAAUCUACUCUCUCUCUCUCUCUUUCUCUCUUUCUCUCUUUCUCUCUUUCUCUCUCUCUCUCUCUGAGUUUAUUCUGCUAAAUGUCACGCCGUCUCGCCUAUGUGGUAUUUGA